AUGCGUUCCAUCGCGUUCCUCCUUCCCGCGCUCGUCGCCGCCGGCCCCAUCGGUCCGGUCGUUGGCAAUGAUGGCUGGGCCGAUGCUCCGGACCCCAAGGAGAUCCAGAUCGUCUCGGCCAGCUUCUCUGGCAACGGAUGCCCCCAGGGAACCGUGUCCACCAGCAUCUCCCCCGACAAGACCGUCAUCACUUUCGGCUUCGACGCGUUCCAGACCUACAUCGGGCCUGGCUUCAACCCCACUGAGAGGAGCAAGAACUGCCAGCUCCACUUGAACCUCCAGUACCCCAGCGGCUUCCAGUUUGCCGUGCUCGAGAGCACGUACCACGGCUACGCACAGCUCGAGACGGGCGUGACGGGCACCUUCUACAGCACGUACUACUUCAGCCAGGACGCGUCGGCCACGACGACGACGCAGACGUCCAUCACGGGCGGCGGCAUCUGGGAGCAGGGCCAGGUGUACACCAAGACGGACCAGAUCCCGACGGCCAGCUACAUCUUCUCGCCGUGCGGCGCCAAUGGCAUCCUCAACAUCAACAACCGCAUUGCCCUCACCAGCACCAACUCGUCCGCCAUCGGCCUCAUCACUGACGACGAUGCCACCGUUGCCCUCACUCAGCAGAUCAACAUCGCGUGGCGCUCGUGCGGCAACUAA